UCUGGCCUGAGCUGUCAACGGUGGAUCCCGUACGUCAUUUCAAAGUGUGCGUUCGCAGACACAUCGUAGAUUAGUUUUGUUAGCGCCUCGCGCAAUACAAUCGUCCGUUUUCAUUUCUUCAUUUCUUCAUUUAUUGUUGUUGGUGUGAGAAGCAGUUUCGCGAGGAUUAUUCGGCGACAACAAGGCGCGAGAUGAAGCUGGACAGGCGCUGGAUGCGGCGGAUGCCGUUCCUCUUUUUCCUGACCGUGGCACUGGUAAUGGCCCAAAAGCAGUCCGAAGUUGAGCGAUCGGAUGUUGAUGAAGAGAUUGGUUUGGACGAAGAGGAAAUGGAGCCUUUAGUCACUGAAGAGGAGGAGGAGGAAGAGGAGGAGGACAUUGAGGAAAAUAAGGCAAAAGAAACAGACCAUAAAACCACAGCCAGUGACAAGGUGUCCUUUCAAGUGACAUAUGAGACUCCCGUGCCCACUGGAGAUGUGCACUUUGUUGAGACAUUUGAUGAUGGCUCUCUUGACAGAUGGCAGUUGUCCAAAACAGUGAAGGAAGAUGCAGAUGAUGACAUCGCCAAAUAUGAUGGAAAGUGGGCUGUGGAACAGCUGAAGGAAAACAAGAUUCCAGGAGACCAAGGCUUGGUGCUCAAAUCCCGCGCCAAGCAUCAUGCCAUCGCCGCCAUGCUGGACAAACCUUUCGUCUUCCAGGAUGAACCCCUUGUCGUACAGUAUGAAGUUAAUUUCCAGGAUGGCAUUGACUGUGGUGGGGCUUACAUUAAACUGCUUUCAGACACUGGUGAUGUCAAUCUGGAACAAUUCCAUGACCGCACGCCCUACUCCAUCAUGUUUGGACCCGACAAGUGCGGCGAGGACUACAAGCUGCACUUCAUCUUCCGUCACCAGAAUCCCUUGAACAAAGAUUUAGAGGAAAAGCACGCCAAGCGGGCUGAUGUGGACCUCAAGAAGUACUACACUGACAAGAAGACUCACCUCUACACUUUGGUCCUGAACCCAGACAACAGCUAUGAGAUGUUCAUUGACCAGUUCAGCGUGAGCCGCGGCAACCUGCUGAAUGACGUGGUGCCUCCAGUCAACCCGCCCAAAGAGAUCGACGAUCCAAACGACUCCAAGCCAGAGGACUGGGAUGAGAGGGCCAAGAUUCCUGACCCCGACGCUGUCAAGCCUGACGACUGGGAUGAGGAUGCACCUGCAAAGAUUGAAGACCCAGAUGCAGUGCAGCCGGAGGGCUGGCUGGACGAGGAACCUGAAUUCAUCUCCGAUCCGAAUUCUGAGAAACCAGAAGACUGGGAUAAGGAUAUGGAUGGAGAAUGGGAGGCCCUGCAGAUCCCCAACCCAGCAUGUGAAAAUGCUCCAGGGUGUGGGCCAUGGAAGCGCCCCAUGAUAAACAAUCCUCAGUACAAGGGCAAGUGGAAAGCCCCACUGGUAGACAACCCCAACUAUCAGGGUUCCUGGAAGCCACGUAAAGUUAUGAACCCUGAAUAUUUUGAAGACCUGCAGCCAUUUAAAAUGACGCCUUUCAAAGCAGUGGGCUUAGAACUGUGGUCCAUGACUUCCGACAUCUACUUCGACAACUUCAUUGUCACGUCCCGCAAGGAAGUUGCUGAUCGCUGGGCCUCAGACAGCUGGGGUUUGAAGAAGCUCGUGGCCAGUGCUAAUGAGCCUGGGAUUUUUGCUCAGUUGAUGAUUGCAGCAGAGGAGCGCCCAUGGCUCUGGGUGGUCUACGUCCUGACGGUCGGUCUGCCAGUGGGUCUUGUUGUGCUCUUCUGCUGGCCUAAGAAACCCGAUGACUAUGUGUACAAGAAAGUGGAUGUGCCACAGGCUGACAUAGAAGAAGAGGAUGAAGAAGACGAGGAGGAAGAGGCAGCAGCUGGUGCAGACAAGGAUGAUGAAGAUGUUGAGGCCGCGGACGCUGAAGCACCUGCAGCAGAGGCUGAGAAUGCUACAAAUCUAAGAAGUGACCAACCAGAGGGGGAUUGUGACAUUGAGCGGGGUGGAGAAGAGGAAGAAGUGGAGGAAGAGGAGGAGGAGGAGGAGGAAGAAGAAGAGGAGGAGGAAGAACAAAGCAAAGCUCCUGAGAGACGAUUAGAAGAGGAGGAGCCCGACGGAGACAGUGACGCUGUGGAGAGCAACAAACAAUCCGUGAGAAAGAGGAGGGUACGAAAAGACUGAGGUGACAGCGACACCUACUGUCUCCAACUCCCCUGCAGGGACAACGUGGAAGCGCCAUCGUUCCUCCAUGAGCUGGACUGAACGUGCAUUUUCCUCCACAAUCUCCCGGUAGCCUCCAGUAUCCCGGGCUAUCCCAUUUUCGUUCAUCCUUCUGCGACCAACAAACUACAGCCGGAGCUCCUCCUCAUCUCGCCUUUCAUAUGCAUUUCGAGUACUUUGUGCAUUACUACUUUUUUCCCCUCCUGCAGUUGAUCGUCUGCUUCGAAAUAUUCAUCAUUCUUUCUUUGCCUUGUUUAACUAUUGCCUGGCAGCCUACCAUGUGGUUGUCUCUAUGUGGUUCUUUCUCUCUCUCUAGUCAUCAAUCUGUCUAUUCAGAGUAAAGGCAGUGUACAGCAUCUGGACUGUCAGCUUUCAUGUUCAUUGCUUCCAAGAACAUGUAUAAGGACACAAAGUUCCUAACCUUGUUGAGUUUUUCCACUUUGUAAGAGUUUCAGUCGGAGACAAUGAGGUUACCGCAGAGUGAAGAAAGGGGACCUCAUAGGUUUCUGUAAAUUGUUUCAUCCGAGCAUUUACUUCGGUGUCUUUAUAUUGACAAUUUAGAGAUCAAUAUCUCUAGUUUCAAAUGUUCUGCUCAUAUAGAAUGAUGAUUAACUUGAAGGGUACGCGGUCGUGCAGAGACCUCCGCUUAAGGCCAAUACACCAAAACAUUUUUUCCCGCUGUUUAUCGGAUCGAGCACAGAAUCUUUUAUCGAUGUACACGGUGCAUUCCUUUAACAGGUAACAAAAUAUUCUUGUCCAAUGGCUGGAGGGUCAUCGUAAUUAUGUAAUGUAUGAAUCAUGGGUGUGUGUCUGUUUGAUUUGAGCACCAACUGUGAAUGCCUUGCCAGUUCUGUGAGCAUAUUUUUGCAAAAGCAAUGCUUUUUGCGACAUUUACGACAUGCCCUUGGAAGACAAAGCCCCCUCCCCCCAAAUCUCAAAAGCUUUUGUAAAGUUCCCGCCAGACAUUGGCAUAUACCAUAUCCCCGUUGACAUCUGUUUGCAAACUGCACAUUGCUCUUGAAAAUAAAAUAAAAUAUUUAAUAUUA